UGCGAGAGAGAUUUUUACAAGAAGCAUCUCAUGUUUUCUCUGCUUCCUAGUGCGCCACGCAGUAAUCAUAAAUAUUCCUCUCAAGUUGUUUUACUUUAUUUUUCUCGAGGAUUUUCAUCAAUCUUUUCAAUUAAAAAUGGAUUUCCGUUGGGUUUUUGGAGGAAAGAAUUUAAUUUGGAUUUCUUUUCGCGCCAAAAGUGCAUUUUAAAUCCCCAACCCGACUGUUCAGUGUUUCUUUCAGUACGAAUAGCUGACAGAAUGCAUAUUUGUAGGUGAACCAACUGAACCAAAUACACGACCUUCGCAUAUUAUGUUGGUAGAAAGUUGCGGGGACUCGUGGUGUUUGUUUAUCUUUUGCAUUUCCUGGAAAAUCCACUUCAAAGGGAUCUCUUUUGUUACAUUUACACAAUGUCCGUAAUCUUAAGGACACAAAGUGUUAGAUUUACAACGAAUCGGCACAUUUACAUGCCACCAUCUGUGAUUAAUUUACCAUUGAAAAAUAUUCGUGCUUUCGCGAGUAAAUCUCUUCCGCCGACUCUUCUGGACAAAUCCACUCCGGAGACUUCUAAGAGUGUAGCCACCUGGAUUAAAAUCCGCUACGAUGGACUGAUUGGGACAUACGAGGAACUCUCGGGAUUGAAGGAAGUCCGUCUAGCGCAGGAGGAAGUUGUUAGAAUCCAGGAAAAAGUUCUGCACGCUCAGGAGAAGCGACGAGAGACGCAAUUGAAGUUGCUGGAAAUCCGGAAGAGUUGUCGUGAUCUGGAGAAUAGUAUCAUUGGCACAGAUAAGGGGAAGCCCCUUUAUUUGGAGUUAGUGCGCCGGCAAGUUGAGCUGAUGCAAGAAGAGCGUCAGAUUGAAGAAUUUUUUAACCUCAUGGAUACAAAUGAACGAGAAUUAUUCACUCAUCUCACUUCCGCCGUACAAAAGUCCCACGAAAAGGAGAGAUCUCAGGCGGAGAAUAUCAAAUUCUUCUCAAUGCUUCUUGGCCUAUUCAGUGCUCUGUUGGGAAUCCUCGGGGCAACGCUCACAAAUCACUACAGGAACAGGCAGUAUCGCCUUAUCAGUGAACAAGACUUCCAGAGGUUGAUGCUGAAGCUUACUGAAUCGGAGCGUGCAAACUUAAAGUCACAAAAGACAGAAUCGUGGUCGAGUUAUUUCUACAGGCAUGGAAGUAAUGUCUAUCGCUGGUUUGUUCCAAAGACUCAAUAAUGCCCCGAUCAGGAAGAAGAAAUUGCCAGGAUUAAGGGAAGAUAGAAAGUGCAAUUAAAGGGAUUUUUUUUAUUAAUUUA